AUGGCGGCAGACGAGACAGAGAUCAAGUCAGUGGCUCUGCUGCAGGAUCAAACAUCACAACUUGUGGCCAACCUGCACCCGAUCCUACUGGCCUCCCUAUUGCCCGUAUUUUUUGGGAGAUUGGUUGGCGACCCCGUCAAUACGUUGCUUGCACUGGCGCCCACGGUCGCGAUCAUACAAGCAGUAUACUGCGUAUUCUGUCUUCCGGUCAACAGUCAAGCACCACCACCUCCCAAAUCCAAACCAGGCCAAAAGAAACUGCCCAAACCAGUGCCAGAUCUCGGGUCAAAGCUAGUGCCCGCGUUCCUCUCUUUCGUGCUGACGCUCACACUAUCCGCUCCCGUCCUCUACAUAGCCGCCAUCCUGUUCGGCGCGCCGCUCAUCUCGCAUCACCUCCACACGCUUCUCCUAGCCGUCCACCUCGCCCUCCUCACGACUCCACCACUCUUCUACGUCCACGGUCUUCACGCGCCCACAUGGCUAGCGCUCGCGAGUUUGCAACAGCCGGUCGACGAGACAUAUGGAAUGGCGCUGGGCGCGGUCGUAGGAGCUUGGGUGGGAGCUGUGCCAAUUCCGCUGGACUGGGAUCGCGAGUGGCAGAAGUGGCCGGUUACGAUUAUUUGUGGGAUGUAUGGAGGUGCUGUGCUGGGCAAGGUGGCGGGUGGCUGGCUCUUAAGAGGGAGGAAGAUGAAGAUCAGUUGA